AAAAGAUAAGAUACAAAAACCGAAAUCUUUUUUUGUUGUUCAGUACAUGAAAACUGCGUAGUAAUUACUAUACUAGUCAAUUGUAAACAAAAACUUAUAGCGUUCUUUGUAUUCAAUAUUUAAGGCACGAUUUCAUAUCAAAUUAUGACAAUAUCACGUUUUUUGAGACUAAACACAGGCUUUAGAAUGCCUACUUUAGGUAAUAUUAAUUAAUUUAAAUAAACUGAAUGAAUUAUUGAUUAUUAUUAUUGAUUGUGGGCUGAACUUAGUCUAGUGGGCCUUGCUUCCCUUAACUUUAACUAACUUUUUUGAAUUUGAUCUAAUAAGUUAAUUAAAAGCAAAUAUAAGUUAUUUCUUAAAGUUUAAAGCCUAACCUAAAUUUAGGUAUUUAUUUAUUUAUUUAUUUUAACCAGUGUCCACAGUCAGUAGAGUACUCCCUCAAUGCCUCAAUCAUCAUCAAGUCAGUCAGUAUAUUUAAAUUUCGUUUAGUCUUAGUAUCGUCCAAGGGCCCUAGUCACUCUACUUUAGUGACCUAGUCUGUUGUCUUUGUGGCAUGCCGAUUAAGACAGGUGUUACCACCUGGCGCUACCCAGGGAAUAGCACGAACAUGUAGGCGUAGGCAUUGUAGGAGACCUGUUCACAAAGGUCUUGCAUGGUAUCUGGAUUAGCAAGAGCACAGUUGUAUGACAUUGAUACCUACCCAAUUAAUCAAUUAGUGAGUAUUAGUGUUGAAAAUAACGCCAAUUGUUCCACUUAUAGUACUUAAACUACACUGCUACAAUAAAUAACAUAAUGUAGAGUCAGAGUUAACAAAUUAAAUUAUUACGACAAUAGACAUUAUGAUAUAGUAUAGUAUAGGCUAUACAUUUUACUUUGUGGACACUUAUAAUGUAUAAUUGAGCCCAGUAUUUCUCAGCCUUUUUUUUUUACAUGGGCAACUUAAACAUUUGUUUUAUCUCUGUGGCCCCCUUCCCUGUUGUUAAUCAGUGCUCUUUUUUUUAAAAAUAAUAUUUUAUUCAAAUUCAAAGUCUAUCCCUAACUACUAAGAAGAGAUAAAUACGGCUAAAUCAUAAGUAUAGGGCAAUAGGGUACUGUACAAUUAAAUCUGUGUUAGCCAAUUCGCCUUCAUCACAAGUUGAUCUUUGAAUCAAAAACUAUUAUUUUAGAUUAACAUAGCUAUUUGAUGUUAUAAAAGUUUAACAUCAGUAUGGUAAGCUAAUUUUAUUAAUAACAAAUUUUUACACAGUUUUUAAAACUUGUUUAUUUACUGUUUAGGAAGAGUUUAACCAUUCAAUACUAAUUAUCACUAUGGUACGGUACUUCAUUUAAUUAAUAUUUUUCUUUUUAUAUUCUAAUUUUUAGGAUUUGGAACAUAUAUGCUGAAAGGUGAUGUGUUAAAGGAAGCAUUAGAUUAUGCUUUAUUUCUAGGUUAUCGUCACAUAGAUACUGCUACCGCAUACGAAAAUGAAGAAGAAAUAGGACAAGUUAUAGAUGACAGAGUGAAAGCAGGGAGAAUAAAUAGAAAGGAUCUAUUUAUCACAACCAAAGUUUAUAGUUCAAACCUAAGGAGGGCAGAUGCACUUGAUAGUGCACAACAGUCUUUGGCAAAGUUGAGAAUAAAUUAUGUAGAUAUGCUUUUAAUUCACCACCCAUGGGCACACAGGAAAAAUAGUGAUGGUGAAAUAGAAUUUGAAGAUGUAAAUUUUCUCGAAACAUGGCUUGCUUUGUCUACUGUUUUCAAAUUAGGAAAAGCAUCUAGCAUUGGGGUCUCAAACUUUACAAUUGGACAAAUAAACAGAAUUCUAUCAUCCUCUGAUGUAACCCCUGCAAAUGUUCAACUAGAAGCCCAUGCUUAUCUACAGCAAGAAAAACUCAAAGAAUUUUGUGAUUUGAACCAUAUUGCUGUAUCUGCCUAUGCCCCUCUUGGGGCACCAAACAGACCAAGUAUUCACGUCAGCAAUGAAGAAAGUCUUUUGCAGGAUCCUCUAAUUUUGGAGAUAGCUGAAAGUUAUAAGAAAACACCGGCCCAAGUUUUACUGAAUUUUUUGCUGAGGAGAGGGUUUGUUGUUUUGCCAAAGAGUUCUAGUAAAAAAAGGAUAAAAGAAAACUUUGGAGCAUUAAACUGGACAAUUACAACUAAAGAUUAUGAUAAAAUAACUAGUUUGGACCGAGGUACCAGAUUUUUUCGAUUUCUUUUCAUGAAAGGACACCCAGAGUUUUUUGAAAAUGAAGAUUUUUAAAAGAUUUUAUUCUGUCCCUGUAUUUUUCACAUUUAUUAUUGAUUUCAGAAUUAUCUUUCAUUUUUAUUUUGCAUGAGGAUAAUAUAUUUGAGAAAAAAUAAAAAUUGGAUAAUAUGAAAAAUAUUUAGCUCUAAAAUACUUUCAAGGCCAAAUUUUCCAGGAUUGAUCUAUCAAGCUACUGCCAUUAAUGCUUUAUUCUUGUCAACUAUUACUGCAUGAAAAAAAUAAGAAGUUGAUACCGUUGAAAAGGGUCAUUAUAAUAUAUUAUUAUGUAUAUACAAAUUAAUGUUUGUCCCUUAUGAGUUCCUAUACCAUUCUCCCGAUUAGGAUAAAACUUUGGUGAGUUGUUGUCCGCAUGCCCGCAAAUUUUUCUGAAUGAUUACAACCAUUUUACAAUAUUCAGUUCAGGGCAGGGGCCCUGAAUUAGUUUAUUUUUUCUUAUAUAAGCUAUGUAAAUAUAAUUUUCACAUGCGUUCCUAUGCCAUUCAUCCGAUUGCCAUAAAACUUUGGUGAGUUGUUGUGCGCAUAUCCUCAAAAGUUUCUGAAUAAUUAUUACAACCAUUUUACAAUAUUCCGUUUUGGGCCAGGGGCCCUGAAUUCUUUUUUUUUCUAAAUAAAAUCUUUGUAAUGUAAAGAUAGUUUCUGCAUGAAUUCCUAUACCAUUCAUCCGUUUGUGAUAAAACUUUUGGUGAGUAAUUGUGCACAUGCCUGAAAAGGUUUCUCAAUUAGUUCAACAUUUUAAAAUAUUUGAUUUUGUCCUUGGCCCAAAAUUCGUUUUUCCUUAUAUUAUAUGAGCUACAUAAAUAAAAAACAGAGCUAAUGCAUGGGUGGAUUAAAUUUUAAUACAAAUAGUGACAUUUUUCAUUUGGUUUGUGAAAAAUAAGUAGGUUUCUAAAUUAGUAAAACCAUUUUACAAUAUUCCGUUUUGGGUUGGG